UGGUUGCUCUUUGCAGCUGUACUCUUCACACCCUUCCUCUUUCUCUCGCCGAUUACUCCGAUUACUCCGAUUAUAUUCCCAUUUUAGGUGCAAAAAGUAUGCCGAUAGUGCAGCUACCGAGAACAGCCUUCAUAUGUCUGAACGUGUCGACCUCUCGUUAUGUCAAAACGAAAACGAUGUAAUAAAGAGAAACAUAUUUUUCCGCAUCUCCUAGUUAGUGGUGGGUGAAGGAAGACGGUGCGCGGGACCAGCGAGGAGGAGCGUGGCCGGGCAGCCCGAUUCGUUCCCAGGUCGGUCCAAGUCAGUUCCGCCGAACGAAACAUGGACGCCGUGGAGAUAAAUACGUCGGGUCCGCCGCAGGGCGAGGACGCGAUCGCGUCCGGCAUGAAGAUAUGCCGCGUCUGCCUGCUCGGCAACCUGAUGAUGCGCGACCUCUUCCUGGAGAGCGAGGUCGCGUCCCUGUCGGCGAAGGCGAUGAGCUUCGCCAACGUUAAGAUGUUACCAGGCGACGGUCUACCGGCACAGGUGUGCUGCAUGUGCGCCGCCAAGUUGGAGUCGGCGUACGAGUUUAAGUUACAAGUGGAGCAAGCCGACAACGUUCUUCGAGGAAAGCUCGUCGGUGGAAUAAUAAAGGAGGAGUUGUUUCUUAAUGAAGUCGAAAUACACUUGGAUGCCGAGAGGAAUGACAAUAUAGAAGAGAUAAGUGUCAGUACUGAUUAUGAAUCUACCACUACGGUAUUGCCAGUGGAGUCAGCAGCUGACAAGAACUUUCUGAAAAAUCAGUUAAUGAUUUUGGAAGCUGAGAAAUUGUCAGAGACAGAGGAAAUUCAACAAGAUUUAGAACAAGAUAACUCGCGAGAAAGCAUUGUGGAAGAAUUGCAGCAAGAAUUGGCCGACGCGGAAGACAAUGAUAUAUCAGAUGGUAUCGAUGAAUCUAGGGCUGAAGAAGUUUCCAGCGACGAGAAUAUCAUUCGAAGUUGCACAGAUGCAAUUCCAACAGAGGAACAUGAUUACAUUAUGCAGCAAUGUAGUUUGCCUGCUGAACAACUCUCCUUGCAGGAAGAAAUGCAGGAAAAUGUACCAGAACUUGAGCAAGACACACUUGAAUGCCAAGAAACAUCGUCUGAACAAAACCAAGAGAUUCAGGUUGAACAAAAUCAAGAGAUUCAAGCUGAGGAAGAUCAAGAGAUUGAAACUGAGCAAAUUCACGAAAUUCAAGCUGAGCAAAACCAAGAGAUUCAGGCUGAAAUAAACCAAGAGAUUCAGGUUGAAAUAAACCAAGAGAUUCAGGCUGAAAUAAAUCAAGAGAUUCAGGCUGAAUUAGAUCAAGAAGCUCAAGCUGAGCAGGAGAAUCAAGCUGAGCAAAAUCAAAAUGACACAGAGGUAUUAUUCAAGGAGGAAACGCUCACAGCUAAUACUGAUGAGCCAGUGGAACAGGAAUCAUCCCAAAAUGAAACGAGGAGAAGUAAACGUAGAUUGGCUCGUCGGAUAUUUACCGAGCGGAAUUCCGACGAGGAGAAUUAUUUCGAAAAUUUGAAUCUCAGUUCUCGAUUGAAAAAAGCGCAGUCAGACAAGACGGAGAAGAUCUUUUUUAUGUGUUACUUGUGCGAUAAGCAAUUCCUUUCGAAGAACGUCCUGAAAGAACAUAUGCAUUCCCACGAAGAAGUGAGAAAAACACUAUCUCUGAAGAAAACACCGGAGAAACCGCAGAAGGUGCAGGCCAGCGCUUCCGCGAAGACGCCGCCAUCCGGAAAGAAAGCCAACAAGUGCCCUUAUUGUGGUAAAGAGUAUCUGUACAUAAACUCGUUUACCAAACACAUUAAGCAACACGAGCGGGAGCGGGAGGAAGCGAAGGAGGAUCCAAUGCCACUCGAGAUAUCGUUCCAUGAGGAUGAGCAUAGUCUAGACUUUGAUAGCGGCAACAGAUCGGAUAGCGAGUGCAAGAAGCGAAAGAGAGGAAAUACAGCCGACGAUGACACGAGCGACAGCGAUCAGGAUAAAAGAAGAAAGCGCAGUCACGUUGAGGAGUUUGCGUGUGACAAAUGUUCAGAAAAAUUCGACACAAAGCGAGGCUUGCAUAAGCAUUCGAUCACGCAUGUUAGCUUUGAGUGCAGCGUGUGUAACGAGGAGUACGACACUCUGGAACAACUGAGAAAUCACCGAACGAAGCACGUGGUCGAAGGAGUGCUCACCGAACAGGAUUUGGAAGAGGACAUGAAGCAGAUGAAGAGCGAGAACAACGAUGAAGACAACAAGAACAUCGAGAUUGAGGAGCGCAACGGCGAACCCACCGAAAACACGAAGGAACUGAAGUGCCCGACGUGCUCGAUGACGUUCUCGCGUAAGAAAGCGCUGUCCAGACACAUUGAGACGACGCAUUCCAGCACCCGCUCUUACGAAUGCAAGAUAUGCUGUCAACAAUUCACACGGAAGGAUCUCCUGCGCAGGCAUGCCGAGCAGCACGCACGAGUGAAGACCUACAAGUGUACCCAGUGCAAUAAGACCUUCGGCAACGAGCUCACGCUGAGAAAUCACCUGGUUGCCACGAAUCACAAGACAUUCGUACACGGGCAGGAAUACGAUCCGAAUAAGCGUAUAAAGCGCGUGGCGGCGAGAGCGGCGCAGAAGAUCAUCGACAAGAUCAAGACGGAGGACGGCCUCGAGGAUUACGACGACGAUAACGACGACAAUACCGAUUACGACGCCAAGUUGGACGGGCAUUAUCGCCGUAAGCGCGACGCUACACCAAAGAAGUACAGUUAUAAGAAGGAGUUUGAGUGCGCGACCUGUAGCAAGAGGUACAGCACGAAGCAAGCGUUGACAAAGCACAUGGAGCAGCAUGUGAAGGAGGAGAAAGCGGAAAAGGCAGCGGAGAAGGCGGCGGAGAAGCUGAAGAAAGCCGCUUUGGAGAAGAAGGAGGCGCAGAAGAAGGAGACGACGAGCAGCAUCGGUGAUAACGAUGAUGACGAUAUCGACUCCGACUUCGAGAGCGGCCUCGACUGGCCGAUGGACAGUCACGAAUGCACCACGUGUAAGAAACGAUACAGCACGAAGAAGUCGCUGCUGCGCCACCAGCUGUUGCACGAGGAGCCGAACUUCGAGUGUGACAUCUGCAACGCCAAGUUCUACCGCAAGGACAAGCUGAAGGCGCACUACGACAAAUGUUCCGAGAAGAAUCCCGACCAGGUGAGGAAGUGCAAUAUCUGCGGCGACAGUUUCGAGAACAACGAGAUCCUGCGCGAGCACAGAGCCAAGCACGUCACUGAAGGCAUCUUAACGGAGGAGGAUCUGAGGGACAUCGAGCCGAAAUCCGAAGAGAAGAAACCGGGCGAGAAGAUCGGUCGGAAGAGGAGGACCGAUAUCGUGGGGCUCGAGUGUACCGAAUGCAACAAACAGUACACCUCCAGAAAAGGUCUACUGCGGCACAUUCAGGUGCACGAGGGCAAGAAGUACCUGUGCGACAUAUGCCCGAAGAAGUUCUACCGUCGGGAACAUCUGAAGAUCCACGUGGCCAAGCACAACAUGAUCAAGCCGUACAAAUGCACCCGAUGCACCAAGCGCUUCAUCAAGGAGGAGCAGCUCAACAAUCACCUGCCUAAGCACGAUCGCACGUUCAAGAAGACCAAGGAGACCGACAGCUCCAAGAGAUUCCUCUGCGAGAUCUGCAGCAAGAGCUUCACGCAAUCGACGACGCUGAUAGCGCAUCUGCGCGCCCACAACGGUAUCAAGCCGUACGUGUGCGAGGUAUGCUCCAGACCGUUCACCACCAACGCCUACUUGAAGAUGCAUAUGCGCACGCACACGCAGGAACGUCCGUACAUCUGCCAGUACUGUUCGCGAGCGUUCGCGCGCGCCGACACCUUGGCGAAUCAUCUGACGUCGCACACUGGCGAGGCCAAGUAUCACUGCAAGUGCUGUCCGAAGAACUUCCGACGAUUGAAAUCGCUGAAGGAGCACAUGUUUAUUCAUACGGGUCAGCGGCCUUACGAGUGUCCAACUUGCGACAGGAAGUUCAACAAUAAUGGCAGCCGCUAUGCGCAUAGCAAGCGGUGUAAGCAGAAUCUUUUGCAGAAUCAGAACCGGGCGCAGCAGAUGAUCCAGCAGACGACACAGCAUCAGCAACAGCAACAGCAUCCACAGCAGCAGCAACAGCAGCAGCCGCAGCCGCAGCAAGUGCAGAUACAGGUGCAGCAGCAGCCGCAUUCAGUCAGGUUGCAUCAAACGAUCGGCCAGGCGCAAGUAGUCAAGGCGCAAAACAUCAAAACGAUCGCUAUAGCGAGACCGGCUGAGCCUACCACGGUAACCACGGCGCAACAAGUUAUGCAGCAUCAGGAGAUACUGAUGCCUCUAAUCCUGCCGCUUACCGUCACUCUCACCGACGUAGGCGAGGAGGUGAUACUACCCGAGGGUACAAAGAUAUACACCACCUCUUAAUCGAGCUGUUUUUCUCGUGCUCGUUAAAUAAUAUAGGAAAGAAGGGACGUGCCGUUCAAGAGGAUGAAAGCGCAUGUUAACGAUAUGAAUGCGAAUCAGAGUGAAUUUUGUUCUCCUGACACCCUGUGACCAUCGUUUUCAUUCCCACACUUCCGAUACGCACGGGAAAUCCGGAAAUGAUGACUUCGCGACGAGAUGGUUCACGUUAUCGAGGGAUUUUUCCUUAGAUUGUAUAAGAAAGGGUGCGAUGCUCCAUUAGGUGUACGAUAAAUGUAUGGAUUUAACAGAGGGAGUAUCAUUUUGAUUAUGUAUGAAACGUUAUAUUGAAGUUUAUUUUUGCAACGGUGAAGGCAUUAAUAAGUGAUAUAUGUAUAAUUUAUCUAGAAAUUUUAAAUAUAUGUACGUUGACAUAAUACACUAUUCAUUCCCAUAUAUUACCGAGAAUGAAUAGUGUAAACAUUUUGAAAACGUGACGAAUUAUGAAAAGGACAGGAAGAGGCAAAUGUCUAUCACGAAUGUGUGUUGUAAUAUAGAUUGAUUUUCUUUAAGAGACAUAAUAUGGAUAAGAGAAUAGUUUUUAAAUACUUAAAGCUUAGCAUGUAUUAAACAAUAUUAGAUUUACUCUUUCGCUUAGUUUAUUCUUCCAGAGAUCUUUCUUCGUUUUCUUUAAUUGAAUACUACCAUUUUUAUUUAAAAAAAAAUUGAUUUGCAAACAACUUAAAAGUUAUA